CAAGAAAUUACCACUGGUUAACAUUGGAUCAUCUGGAAAGCACCAAUCGCACGAUAUCGCACAGAAUCGCACCAAUAGAUAGCUGCAGCAAGCUGCAGUCAGAUGACAAUAGUGUAGUAUAUGGGCUGCAAUUGGCUGCAUUUGCAGUGAUUUGCUGGGGAAGCCCAGUACUAUUGUGUGCGCUGGUGUGCGCAGUUCGUAACCACAGGCAACCAUUAUUAUCUGCUCUGCUCUCCUGAUAUUAUAGUUGUAAACAACUGUACAUUCACAUAAUUUUUGAAACGUGCUACUGCCGGAGUAAACGCAAUUUCAUGUUCAAAAGCCCUAUGUCCAUCAGUGUUUGACCGAAAAUUCGUAUCUACGAUUCUGGGAGGCUCUUGUAGUGUGCUACACAAGUAGUGAAGAUAAUUAUGGCCACAAAUCCAGAUUUAUUGUUGAAACGAUUUCUUCAUUAUGGACGAGAAACAUCUUUAUAUCAACCUGGAAAUCGUAUUUUAAAUAAGUAUUUUGAACCUAAUUGCAUUACCUCAGUUGAAGCUCUUAUAGCUGAUGGAAGACCAGCAGAUGCUGUUGUUCACAUUGUGAAGGCAUUCAGUGAUGGUUAUUCUGCCCACUCAGAAGCUCUGGUUUAUGCACUAGCUUGUUGUGUGCGACAGAAGUCAAAUGAUGCUCUACGGCAGAAUGCGUAUAAAGCUUUCAAGAAAAUAUGCAAGUCAGUGCAGAACUUCUUUCUUUUUGUGAAAUUUUCUACAGAGCUAUCGUCUCCUACCAGAGGUUGGGGCCAUGGAUGUCGAAAAGUCGUGAUUGACUGGUAUGUGAAGCAAAAUCCCCUUGAAUUGGCUGAAAAUGUAACUCGUUAUCGUGGAAUAUAUUUCUGGACACAUCGUGACAUAAUAAAACUUGCUCAUCCAAAAACAGAAGAUGUUGCUAUGAAAGCUGUUUUGAAAUAUGUCAUGAAGGGUAUAAAGGAAGCUCGUGAAGAAUUUGGUGGAAAUCCUCUUGCUCAGCCAGUUCUUACCUAUCUGCAAGCAGUGGAAGAUUUUAAACACAGCAAGGAAGAAGAAUGGGCUGCUAGAGUGGUGGAGCAACACAAACUGUGUUUGGAGCAUGUGCCUCCACAGUUUAUAAAAUCAAAAGAGGUGUGGGCUGCUCUGAUACCCAAUAUGCCCCUUCCUACAUUGCUGCGAAAUCUUAAAAGACUUGGCCGACUAAGAUUUUUACGCACAAAUCAUCCUGUAAUGAUUCGUGUUGUGGAAGCUUUAGGUAAUCAAGCAGCCAUAACAGAGGGUUCAGUUCAUCCUGCUCAAGUUCUAAUUGCUCUACGAUCAUAUGAGCAAUCAGGAAGAUUGAAGUAUGUGGAUCCUAACCGUGAACUAAAACCAUUAGUGCAGCCAAAUCCCAAGAUUAUUGAAGCAUUAAAUACUCUCUUAGAAUCGUCUUUCAAGUCACUCGUGCCAACAGGUUUAAGAUACCUCGUGAUGGUAGAUACACGCUCUCCUCUUGUAACAGGACACUGCUGGCAGUGCACUAGUGUUCCUCCUCUUCAUGCAGCAGCUCUAAUUGCUCUUUCACUAGUGAAAACGGAGCGCAAUGUGACAGUGCUGGCAUUUGGUUUGGGUGUGCCAACAGAUGUGCCACUUUCCAAAACUAUGACUCUGGUUCAAGCUCAAGAAAAGUUACGAGAGGUGCCCACUACAUCUGUUGAUUUUGGUUUGCCAUUCUCUUGGGCAACCGAGAACAAGAAAGAAAUAGAUGUGUUCAUUUGCAUCACUGAUUCUCAAGUUAGGGCAGGCCGCUUGAAGGCAGCUGAAGAGUUAAAGAAGUAUCGAGAGAGCCUUAACAUGCCAAAUUCUAAGUUUGUGGUAUGUGGACUCACAUGUCCAAAAUUCAGCAUUGCCUCUGAAGAUGACCCAGGAAUGUUAGAUAUAGCUGGUUUUGAUGAACAGGUACCACGUGUAAUAGAAGCCUUCUCAAGAGGUGCAUUUUAGAAGAUUUUAGUGGUAUUUAACAUGAUCCAUUGUAUGUUCAUGAAUGGCCUUGGCUUCAAAUGGGUCUUAAACAAAUGUGAUAAGAAAGACUAUUUCUGGGAAAUGUUUUAAUAAUUAUAGUGGUGUUUCUGAAGGCUGCAAUGUUUUCACAAGUUGUAAUAUUAUAUAUAAUAACAAGAAAUUAUUUGUUUAAGAUAUCUGUAGAAGGCAAAAGCUGUUGUCAUGUUCGUUGUAUGCAGAGUGCAGAGAAACCAUCUGCCACUCAUUGGCAACAUCACUCUUUCAAAUCACUGGUGUAUGUAUUCUUUAGGGCCCAUUUGAGCUGAAAUAUUUGCCUUAGAACAUGGUUAUUUACAAGUGAAAAGGCCAUAUAACAUGAAAUUUUUUGACUGUGUGGAAUAUUUGCACCUCUUAACAAUUUUGUCUCAAGCUGAGUACUAAGCAAGGUCCUUUUAUUGAACUUUGGGGAAAAUACUUCAGUUCAUUUUAAAAAAUUAUACACAUUUCAUGUUUGUAAAAAUUGACAUUUGAGUCACUUUAUUUGCCUUUUAUGGAAUCUCUGGUGCUACAAGAAAUUUGGACUUCACUGAAGAUUUUCUCAAUGAAAUGAGAGUUUCUGGUUUCAUGAUAGGUCAUUUCUGGUGUCAGUGUCUGGUCAAGGAGUCAGCAAAAUAUACAACAGGUAUCUCAUUAGUAAGUGCAUGUGUCUUAUUUCAUACAAAUUUGAAGAUGUGUUCUUGAAUUGAGUGCACACUUCUUUCCUGUGUACUAUAAGAUACUACUUUUUCAUGAGAUAUUAUCAGUGGGGAAAGCUGACUUUCUCAAAAUUUAUGCUUUUAUAUAAUUGUUGAUUUUACACUACUUAUAAGACAGCGUAUUUUUGUCUUUCUGCUUUAGUUUGUAUGUAAAUUUAAACAUUACCAGUGAAUUAUGGUCAUGAUUGCCAAAUGUGAAAGAAAAAUGGUGAUUUAUUCUUAUGAUAAUUAUUUGUAAUUAUUGUAUACUAGUUAAUUAUGUGUAUGUUUUUUGUAAGUUUGAUUUCUUGUACUAUUUACUCCAUUAAACUUUUAUAUCAUUUAUACUUUUUCUGCCAAAGAAAGGAGUAAUUACAUUUUUGAUGUGCCUAAUUUGAACAUUAGAAAAGUUUUAGCACACAACUUUUAUAUAUGUUUUGAAGUACGUAUUCCACUUUAUAUUGUGCACAAAUUACUUCCUGGGGACCAUGGUGCAUGAAAAAUUUGCAUUUAAUCAUGAAUUUCCCAAAGUACUGUUUUAAAGAAAAAAUUACAGUAGUUGUUUGUGUAGAAAAUUCAAUGUGGAGCAGAAGUAUAGUAUGAAAAGCUCAGUUUAACCUUGCAUGUUAAAACUAAGAAAAUUUGUAGUAAAAGCAUUUGCUAAUACUAAGUGAAUUCAGUAUCAGUACAGUACUGAAAAAAUUUCUUACAUGGAUGUAAUAUAAAAGUUGUGUAAAAACUUUUGUAAUUGAAGUAUGAUAUUUAUGAUAUCUGCCAAUUGUGUUUGAAAAAGAAAAUUAAUUUUCUCGUAUUUUGGUGUUUUGCUGUAAAAGGAAAAAAAUCACUUUUGUUCAGAGUUGUAACACUACUGAAUUAUUUUUUAACUGCAUAGUCUGGAUAUUGAUUUGGCAUAGAUGUACAGAUUUGUUGGCAAAGAAUCCCUGAAAUUCAAGCCAAAAAAAAAAAAAAAAGAUUUAGUAACACUUUGCUAAAACUUUUAACUGCAUAAUCUGGACAUUGAUUUGGCAGAGAUACACAGAUUUGUUGGGAAAGAAUUCGUGAAAUUCAUCCAGCUUGUAUACUUUUGUUCUAAUUUUUAAAUGUAAUAAUUGUUGCUAAAUAUAGUAAUAAAAGGAAGAUCAAAUUGUUACUGUAAAGAAAAAAAAAAUUAAAAAAUCAUGGGUCAAGAAAAGUAAAUGCAUAAGUUAGUUUUGUAAUGAUAUAUUUAUCUGUAGUUAAUUUAUAUUCAGUUGUUUAACCAUGCUGUUGGUUCAUAAUAUUCAUUUUGUUAUUUUUGACAUAUUAAUAUUAACAAUAGAAAGCGACAUUUAGUGAGAACAGGGGAAAUGUAAAUAUUCUCCACAUGAAUAAUAUUAGUGGCAUUUCAUUUGGUCAUAUACAGGUAUGAGAAAAGUAUUAAAAAAGCAUUCUUGAAGUGGUGAAUGAUCUGUGUUUUGCACUAAAGAGGAGUGAGAAAGAGCAGUUAGCAAAUAAUAGUGUUCCUUCCUGAAGUGAAGUAAUUUAAUUCUAAUUUGAGGCAGACUGAUUGUUAUGGUAUGUGAAUCAUUAAAGUAGUUUUAUAAAUGAAGUUUUUGGCUCAGCAAAAAAUCAGUAGUGAAAUUUGUUUAUUAGAAGCUUUAUUUCAAAGAUUUCUUGGUAAUUUGUUUUAAGACCUGAAAUUGUAUUGGGUAUAUUAGCCAUUGAUUUAAAAGAUAAGGCAUGCAAAUAAGAUAAGCAAUUUCUGCUUUAAAUAUAUUAAAAAAUUGAUAUCUACUAAUUUCAUUGUCAGUUUUGAGUUAUUUGAGUCUAAUGUUUACUUCAAAGAACGGUGAAAGUUACAAUUUGAUGUGUACUUCUGAUCUGUUUUCUUGAGGUUUUAAUUUUCCAGAAGCCAUAAAGAAUGUAUGUGAAAGAUACUAGAAUUAUAUUAUUGGUUUUUAAAUGGAUUCAUUAAGUACAUUAUUUUAAUGAUAUCAUGUGUAUAGUUAGAAAAAGUAUUAAAGAAAUUUCUUUAGAAAUAAUAAGGAUUUUAAGAAACCCAAAAUAUGCAAAGGUAUUCUUUUCUUUGCUUUUCUGUUUGCCUCAAAUUUAUUGAAAUUCAUAUCGGUGCUUUGUUGUCACAAAAUUUCUAUUGUGAAUGAUGAGAAGUGCAUUAUAAUGAAAUGUAAUAUGUAAAUCCCUUUCAUUAAUUUGUGAUUAUUACUGCUUUUUGUUGAAAAUAGGCUUUAAUUGCGAAGUAGUUUAUUCCUUAAAACAUUAAAUUUCUAAAUACCGUCCAUGAUACACUUUUCAAGCUGUUCAGUUUGAAAAACAUUUGCCCAACUGCUCUUACCCAAAUUGAGUAAUGGAACUUUGUUCUCUUCUGCAGAAGGACUCCUGUGUUCACUGUACCAAUUGUAUAUUUUUAUAGUAUGAUACAUAUUUAUGAUUACAGUUGCACAUAAUACCUGUGAAAUAUUAGUGAUAGUUACAAAAUUUCAUGGUGUAUGAUCUUGUUGAUACUCAUAUUCCCCUUCGAUAAUUUUAUGACCACGUUCUGAGUUGUUGCUAAUGACUGAAUGGUUCCUAACCAAGUUCAUAGAGUUAAUCUAUAAACUGAAGGAUUUUUCUGAUCUGUACCAACCGCAUAGUCAAAAGUUCUUGAAUAUUUCAGGAGCUUGUUUUCUAAAUUGUAAUUGUGUUGAUUGAAUAAGAUCAGUUUCCAGCUGUGAUAAAAUAUCGGAAUUGCGUUAUUCAUUGUAGCAAGAUUUUUAUUGUAAUAUCCUGAGAUAAAAGUUUUGUUAUAUUUAAUCCCCUGUGAAGUUUAGGUGUUCCAUGGGUUCUGUAUUCAUGUAUAAUAGCAAGUAAGAAAUUCUAUAAUGACUAGCAAGAGCAUUCAUUAUAAGACUUUUUUGUUUUUCAUUUUAAAAGUACAUAUUGUACAUCUCUAUAAUUAAAAAAUUAUUUAUUUCUUAGGAUUAAUUUUUUGUACCCAAGACAUUUUAACUGGGUGGUCUGAAAGCUAUUGAAGUAUGUGUUUUAUUAUGUUAUUUAUGUUUAAUUUUUUGCAGUAUUUAUAUCCAUUUUAUUCCUACUUUGGAACUUAGUAAUAUAUUUUGUCUUAACUGAUGUUUUGAUAUUCAAAAACGAUGCAAAGGCUUCAUAUGUAAUUUUGGUUGUCAAGGAUCUGACGACUUAGAUAAUAAAAGAAAAUUUGACAUUUUUUCUGAAAAAUUCUGGAAAGUUCUGUCUGUAACAGACACCAACUCAAUUUGAAGAAAUAAAUUAAAAAGAGCAGCUAAUAUGACAAUGAUUUUUUUUUUGUUUUAUAAAAAGUGAAGAAUCAGGAUAUUUGUAGUAAUUAUUGUGUCAUAUUUUUAUAAGUUUAAUUAAUAAAAAAUUAGAAGCAAGUAACUCUGUUUCAUGCAUUGUAACUCAAGUGAGUAAACAAAAUUGUUUAAUUCUUGUGUUGUAAUUUCUUUCUCCCUACUUUGUUAGUUAUCCUGCUCUUUUCAACUGGCUUUUAGUUUUAUGUAUAACUUGUUUCUUUCUUUAAUUCUAUCUCUGUUUCAAUUUUCUCUCUGACAUAUACCAUAAUUUUUGUAUUUUCGCUUCAAUUUUGAAAUAAAAAUUUACUUGUUGCAUAAA